AAGAUUUCAAGAAUUGAUUCUCGUGGGCAAGUCAGUCUUUGCUUCACCUUAAAUCUUCUCAGCACGAAAUGGAGCUCUGCUUCCUUGAGACCCAUAAUCAACUUCAGCCUCCGUGUUGAUGUUAAACAGGCCUUACCACGCCUGAUGCUAGAGAAUGAGUCACCCAGUUUUUCAGAUUCUCUCCAACUUGGAGUUAUGCCCAUUUGCAUCAACAAGACUCUGUGGGCUCAGGCCUGCCUUGAUGACUCCUUCUCUCCAGUUGUGCUGUGGACAAAGUUCUCAGUUCAGGAGCAACCAGAUAACAACAAUCUGCAACCCGUCCUUCACCCUGAGACAAAAACCUCCACCUACAUUGAGGUUCCUUUCCAGAAAGACUGCGGUCAGGAUGGAAUUUGUGUGCCUGAUCUUUCUGUAUCUUUUCACUUCUCAGGAUCUAAAGGACUGAAGCUGAGCCCAAAUUUCAUACUGAACUUAACAGUGAAACUAGAAAAUCUGGGAGAAUUGGCAUAUGAGCCCGCCAUUUAUUUUAAUUACUCUUCAGUGUUAUCUUUCCAGGGAGCUUCAGUUCUUCAUUCGAACUGGCCUCUGUUCCCGGCUUGUCGGAUGCAUGCAUUCCCAGGAAAUGCCUCCGUACGCCAUAGCUCCUGCCACUUCAGGCCACCUGCUCUCAAGGCAGGCACUCGGGCCUUUCUCUGGGUUUCCUUCCGCUCAUCCAAAGGUGAUACCUGGCCGGACAAGUUUGUUUACUUCACCAUCCGUGCCCACAGUUUGAAUGAGAGCAACAUUCAGGAGAACAAUGAGGCUACCGGACGGCUACCUGUUUUGUAUCCCGUCAACAUCAUCGUGAAAGAGCUUAAAUCAACUGCAUAUCUCAAUUUCUCUACUCGGGAUCCAGUGAAGAAAGUACUUACACAUAGCUAUGAGGUGAGGAAUUUGGACUCAAACGCCACUGCAAUCAAUGUAACGUUUGAGCUUCCUUUGAAGACAAAACAUGGUUUUUUUUGGAAUAUAACACCAUCCUACUACAGUGAGGAGAAAAAUCACUUCUCCUGCACACCAUUGUUUACCCUCAGAACAGGAAUCAGCAAGAAGAAUGUCACAAAACGCAUCAAGAGAGGCUGUGAGGGGGCUGUUGCUUGCCCCAAAAUUUACUGCUUUAUCAACACUCUUGCUAAGGGAGAAUCGAUCAGGUUCAAUUUUUCUGGAGAUUUUUACAGAGAAGAUAAAUCUUCCAAACUGAUGUCAGAAACCUUCCAUGUUGGCAGCGAAGCAUCCAUAAGGGUGGAUGAGACCAGAUUUUUCCUGAACGAAGCAGAGGAUUUCAGCCAGAUCACUACAGAAAUUGAGUUAAUUUCUCCGUUCAAUCCUGUCCCCAUCAUCAUUGGCAGCACCAUUGGAGGCAUCGUGCUUUUAGCCAUUAUAGUGGCUGUCUUGUAUAAGCUUGGAUUCUUUAAACGCAAGCGUGCACCCCAAAUGGAUGCAAUGGAUGCAAAUGCAGCAGGAGCAGCUGCUCCCACUGACCAAGCUCCUUCAACUUCAGCUGCUUCCUAAGGGAGAAGGGGAUUCUGGGUCUGGAUUGCAACUUGGAAGCCGGGAUUCCCGCCUUGCCUGGAAUAGGAAGAAUACAGCUA